UCACAUCCAGGUGCGGGCAGGAGAGCACAGCCUGGAAACGGUGACAGGCCAGGAGCAGUACGCCGUGGCCGUGGACAUCGUGGUCCACCCGGGCUUCGAGGCGGUGGACGCGGACAGCGCCUACGCCCAUGACCUCAUGCUCUUGCGCGUGGAGCCACCCUUCACCGUCACCUCCUAUGUCCAACCAUUGGACCUGCCCACAAGUCCCCCGGCCACCGGCACCAACUGCACUGUCAUGGGAUGGGGGACCACCACCAGCCCCCAAGAGACCUUCCCCGACACCCCCCAGUGCCUGAACGUCACCGUGGUGGGGAACGCCGAGUGUCAGACCAUCUACGGCACCAAAGUCACCGAGGACAUGUUGUGCGCCGGCGGGGCUGAGGGUGGCAAGGACUCCUGUCAGGGGGACUCCGGGGGACCCCUCAUCUGCAACGGGGUCCUCCAGGGCAUCGUCUCGUGGGGCGACCACCCCUGCGGGCAGGUGGGGAAGCCGGGGGUCUACAGCCAGGUCUACAACUACCUGCCAUGGAUCCUGGAGACCAUAGGAGAGGACUGA